CCCAAAUGUAGCAACACUUAAGCUAUAAAAAGCAAACAAACAAGAGACCGUGUUGUCUGCACGCUGUAAAUAGCGAAAUGGCACUCUUCGGCACGCAGCUCGUCAUAACGCUGGUGAUGGUCAGUGUUAUACAGAAGCUUGGACCACAUUAUUCUCUAGCAAGGUGGCUUCUCUGCUCCACAGGGCUCAUUCGCUUCCUGUAUCCCACCGAUGACGAACUGCGGAGAGCUGCCGGAGUCCCUAAGGACAAACCCAAAUUUAAGAAGGGCGGCCGACAUGUGGAGAAUGGCAGAGCUGGUGACACAUUCCACGUUCCGAGGAAUCUGGAUAUUCAGCUAGAAACGGCGAAGGUGUCCUCAUUGGAUGUCGUCCAUCUGCGCUACUACAGUGAGUACCAGUGGUUUGUCGACUUCUCGCUGUACGCUGCUAUUGUUUACAUCUUGACGGAGGUGUACAGUUACUACUUCCCCCUGAAGGAUGAAUUCAACCUGAGCAUGGUGUGGUGCACGCUAGCUGUUGGAUUCUCAUUAAAGUUGCUCCUGUCACUGACCGCACACUACUUCCGCGGCGAGGAGUCGGUCGGGGAGAGGUCGACGGUUUUGGUGACGGCGCUGAUCUACCUCCUGGUGGCGAUGGCGGUGCUGAUUGCGGACGAGCGCACGCUCGAGACGGGGCUGGACCGAGCGUACGCCAGCUUCAACCACAGUGCAUCGCAGUUCCUGCAGGACCAGCACGGCCUCAAGUCCAGAGGGCCUGCUUCACAGCUGAUACUGAAGCUGUCGCUGGCCGUGUGGUGCGGCCUGGUGGGAGCGCUCUUCACCUUCCCGGGGCUCCGCAUGGCCCGUAUGCACUGGGACUCUCUCAGGUAUUCGGCAGAGAAUCGUGUUCUGCGCCUGCUGCUGAACACGAGCUUCGCACUGCCGCUGCUACUGGUGGUGCUGUGGAUCCGGCCUGUGAGCCGAGACUAUCUCACGGGUAGAGUCUUCACCGGCAUGACAGGCCCCUUCAUGACACCAGAACUUUUUGAGACAAUGAGGCUGUGGCUGGUGGUCUUCGCAAUUCUCUUGAGGAUAGUCUUGAUGCCCACGUACCUACAAGCAUACCUCAACAUGGCCUACCAUCGCCUGGAGGAGCAGAAGAAGGAAGCUGGCCGUAUCACCAACACUGAACUCCAGAAAAAGAUAGCGGCUGUGUUUUACUACAUGUGUGUGGUGACUAUCCAGUAUGUUGCUCCGAUCAUCAUGUGCCUCUUCCUGACGAUGAUGUACAAAACACUCGGAGGCUAUACAUGGACUGGGCAGGUGGCACCUGCUACUGGAUUUUCACCUCUGGACAACGCGAAGCCCUCUUCGCCUCUGCAGGGACCGUCCGUGUCCGGCACUGAGGGUGCCGAGUCCAUCAGGCAGUCCGCCCAGGAGUUUGCUCUCGCCCUGAACUCCCUCAAACAGGUGUUCACGACAGAGGUGUUCCGCGGCCUGCUGGGCUUCAUGACCUGGUGGACGUGCUUCGCCUGGUUCUCUACGUCUUCACUCGGCAUGCUGUAUCAGUCCUACUUCAGAUCCACCUAGUACAUCGCCCGCGUACCGAAUGAGUACGAAGAUUGUCACGACGGACGACUUUAGCGAAGGAGGCGUUCCGGCGGCGGGGCAGAUAAGAGAAAUCUGUGUGGUGUGUUACCUCUGACUCAAAUGUAGGCCUCAUUAGUAGCAGCUCGUGCAGUCUCCCGGGCUGCCGACAGAAUGCGAACUGCUCGUUGGCGGAGCAAUGGUGUGUCACCGAGGCUCAUAAUAUAGGUGGUACGAGUGAUGUGCGCACAAGCGAAUGUGGACUUGGGAGUACUGAUAGAGUUCAGUACUGCUACCCUAGUGUUGCACA